AGCGUUUGAAGCUUCAACCCUUGGAAUCGUCCAUUGCCCAGGGGAUCGGCGCCAGAUCCCAUGGACCAAGAGCAGGUGUUGGGCGCGGCGACCCUGCUGGCCAUUGAAAGGUUGGAGAAGAUGACGAAGCAAAGUAAGGAUGGAGCUGCACCUGAGCCUCCAAAAGAGGCACCGCUGCCGGUGAGUCAGGCAGCUCAAGCAGCAUGGCGACACAUGCCAUCGGUUGGAACCUGGGCUGUGCGUCGAGUGGUGGCAGCGCAUUUGCCCAAGUUCCCACUGACGCCCAGACAGGCAAAGAGUGAAAAGACCGAAAAGAAAGUGGCAUCAGCAUCACCCAAGGUACUGACUCUGCGGCGCAGUCCGCGACACACUGCGCCACCAGCACCAGUACGCAUGGGACAGAAAGAGAAGGUCGAGAAGAUGGAGAAAGCUCACACAGACAAGGUGCUCCAGAAGUCCCCAAAGGUCCCCAGCCUCCGUGAUGUGAGGUCCGUCAGCGCGAGUGCUCCAACAUUGCUGACGGGAGUGACUCGCCUUCCUCAGGUGAAGCCGCCAGUGAAGCGCUCCCCACAGAGCUCCAGCAUCGCGGAAGCCAAGGCACGGUCCAAGCCUUCUCCAAGACCAGUUGUGCGCAGCAUGGCCACUCGGCCAGCCCUGAGCACAGCGGAGAUUGAGGCGCGCCAGAUUGAGGAAAAGCGCAAACAGGCGAAGUUUCUGGCCGAGAAGAACGCUCGGCAUAUGGCCAGGGCACAGGUGAAGGAGCCCGUGAAGCCCACGACCGCGGCCCGCGCCGAGGCCAAACCCAACUCAGAGAUUCGUAGCCCUACUCAACGAAGUCGCGAGGUCAAGGGCGAGGCACGAGGAGUGAAAGUGGCAACGGCUCCCACGCCUGCCCGCAACACCAUUUCGCAGAGUACACAGGCCAAGGGAGCAUCCAAAGGGACUGCCACCCCAACGGUCAAAACACCAUCGCCUCGUCCAGUCUCUCAGGACGCCAACGGUACUGCCAAGCCUAAGAGUCCGGCAGCGAAGCCAAAGCUUGUUCGGCCACCCUCUCCAUUGGCCCGAAGCAACUCGAAGGGAUCCAAGGCAUCAAAUGGCUCCGCUCCUACACCGGUGACGGUGAAGUGAGUUGAGGUGAUUUGAUCAACGCCUUGCAUUGCCUGCUGACAAGACAGCAGGGAUAGGAAAAAUGCUGAAAGUCUUAAAUUCAUCCAUGUUUGCAUUCGCAUGGCACCUCAAGACCUUUGAAGCGG